UGGUUGUAUCUAUGGGUUAUAUCUAUUGAUAUUUACCAUAAUAAAAAUUAAAACUGAGGAAUUUAAAUAUUAAUUCCUUAAAAAGAACAAUGAACCCAUUAUAUGUUAAUACAAACAACAUUUUUAAUGAAGAUAACUUUUAUGACAGAUAAUGAGAGGAGUGGUGGUGGUUUACAUUUCUGCAGAUCUCGUAAACUUCUGGUUGCUAAAAGCUGGAUCCUCAUAUCUACUUCUUCAUUCAGUCUCUUGUGAUAUCAUAUCAGGUAACUUCUGGAAACCACUGCUGUAUGCUUGUAAGACAAUGAGAGUGAAAAUGGAAAAAAAUGUAUUCUUAUUAAUAAGAAAACAGUUUUGCCCUCACAGACCAAUGAUUAGGGACUUAAGAACCUCCUGGGGGUCCUCAUACCACUUUUUGAGAACAGCACUAGUGCAUGGGAAGCUGAAAUGAUGUGCAUGUGAGGCUACUUUAAUGCACAGGAAGAAAAUAUUAGUGCUUCUAUAUUCUUUUAUCUUUAAAAUUAGAAAUUAGGGUUUAGGAAUACUAAAUGUAUGAAUUAACACUGGUACGCUUAUCCUCUCAGGCUGGGCUGUCCAUCUUGAACCACUUUGCUAUCCUGAAAGAAGAGUCAAGUGUCACAUCGCAGUGUGGUGUCACAUCGCAGUGUGGAGCUUGCUGCCCCUGCAUAUUCCCACUGGAAAUCAUUCUAUAAGACUAUUGUACAUUUUGCUUGUUGAUUACUAGGUGUGAUUGUUUUCUAGAAUCUAGAUCAUUUGAUGAAGUUACCUUGCUAAGUAUUUUUUUAACUCGCACUGUUCCUCUUUUUUGUUGUUAGCUUUUGAUCCUUCCCUUCUUCACUGAGAGCUCUAUCUAAAGAAGUGAACAAAGAAUUGAAAAAGUUCUUACUGUGUGGAAGACAUAUAGAGCACCAGAUCAACGAUUGAAGUAAACAGGGAGGAAUCUCUUGCCUCAGUUUACCAUGCUAUGCUAUUAUUUCAGGAGUUCGGGACACUAAAAAAAAACUCUUUUCACUUAUGGAUAUGAAACCUCCCAUCUCUCGAGCCAAGAUGAUUCUCAUUACUAAAGCUGCUAUUAAAGCUAUUAAGUUAUAUAAGCAUGUCGUUCAAAUAGUAGAAAAGUUCAUCAAAAAGUGUAAGCCAGAAUACAAGGUUCCAGGGUUGUAUGUAAUUGACUCAAUUGUGCGACAGUCUCGUCAUCAGUUUGGAACUGAUAAAGAUGUUUUUGGGCCAAGAUUCUCUAAAAACAUAACUGCCACAUUCCAAUAUUUAUAUCUUUGCCCCUCAGAAGAUAAGAGUAAAAUAGUUCGUGUGCUGAACCUUUGGCAAAAAAAUGGAGUGUUCAAAAUUGAAAUUAUUCAGCCUCUUUUGGACAUGGCAGCAGGAACCAGUAAUACCGCCCCAGUAGCAGAAAGUGUUACUAAUAAUGAAGGUUCACCUCCACCUCCAAUGAAAGCUUCUGAACCCCAAGUCACUGCAAACUCUGUACCAACUGUGCCGCAGCUGCCCAGCUCUGAUGCUUUUGCUGCUGUAGCCCAGCUGUUUCAGACAACUCAAGGGCAACAGCUUCAGCAGAUCCUUCAGACUUUCCAGCAACCUCCAAAACCACAGUCUCCCACCAUUGACAAUGCUGUGAUGGCUCAGGUUCAGGCUAUCACAGCUCAGUUAAAGACAGCUCCUACACAGCCUGAACAAAAAGCUGCUUUCCCCCAGCCUGAACAAAAAACUGCAUUUGACAAGAAGCUGCUUGAUAGAUUUGAUUAUGAUGAUGAACCAGAAGCUGUGGAAGAAUCAAAGAAAGAAGAUGCUGCCACCACGGCCACAACACCUGCUGCUGCCACUGCACCUCCUAUACCUGCUGCUGCCACACCUGCUACCACCACACCUGCUGCUUCUCCUCCUCCUCCACAGGCACCAUUCGGCUUUCCUGGAGAUGGCAUGCAGCAGCCAGCAUAUACACAGCAUCAAAAUAUGGAUCAAUUUCAGCCUCGGAUGAUGGGAAUACAACAGGAUUCAAUGCACCAUCAGGUUCCACUUCCUCCUAAUGGACAGAUGCCGGGAUUUGGACUUCUUCCUACACCUCCAUUUCCUCCCAUGGCUCAGCCUGUGAUUCCUCCAACUCCACCAGUACAGCAGUCUUUCCAAGCUUCUUUUCAGGCACAAACUGAACCACUUACACAGAAGGCACAUCAGCAGGAAAUGGAAGUGGAACAAUCUUGUAUUCAAGAGGUUAAGCGGCAUAUAUCUGAUAACAGAAAGUCAAGAUCUAGGUCAGCAUCCAGGUCACCAAAAAGGAGGCGAUCUAGAUCUGGCUCUAGAUCUCGAAGGUCUCGGCAUCGACGUUCUCGAUCCCGGUCCAGGGAUAGACGCCGACAUUCUCCUAGAUCUCGAUCCCAAGAAAGACGGGAUCGAGAAAAAGAGAGGGAACGCCGACAAAAAGGUCUUCCUCAAAUCAAACCUGAAACUGCAAGUGUUUGUAGUACUACACUCUGGGUGGGACAGCUGGACAAAAGAACUACUCAGCAAGAUGUUGCCAGUCUUUUGGAGGAGUUUGGUCCAAUUGAAUCAAUUAAUAUGAUUCCUCCCAGAGGUUGUGCCUAUAUUGUUAUGGUUCAUAGGCAGGAUGCUUACCGUGCCCUGCAGAAACUGAGCCGAGGAAACUAUAAAGUGAACCAGAAAUCCAUAAAGAUUGCCUGGGCCUUAAACAAAGGAAUAAAGGCAGAUUAUAAGCAGUAUUGGGAUGUAGAACUUGGUGUUACUUAUAUUCCAUGGGACAAAGUCAAGCCUGAGGAACUGGAAAGUUUUUGUGAAGGAGGAAUGUUGGACAGUGAUACACUUAACCCAGACUGGAAAGGAAUUCCCAAGAAGCCUGAAAAUGAAGUUGCUCAAAAUGGAGGUGCAGAAACCUCACACACGGAACCCAUAUCACCCAUACCUAAAGCUCUACCUGUUCCGGUCCCUCCUAUUCCUGUCCCUGCACCUAUAACGGUACCGCCUCCACAGGUCCCACCACAUCAGCCAGGUCCUCCUGUAGUUAGUGCCCUCCAGCCACCUACUUUCACACCACCUUUGGGAAUUCCCCCUCCUGGCUUUGGCCCUGGAGUUCCUCCUCCUCCUCCUCCACCACCAUUUUUGCGCCCAGGAUUCAACCCAAUGCAUUUGCCACCAGGUUUUCUUCCUCCUGGACCCCCACCUCCUAUAACUCCACCAGUAUCCAUUCCUCCUCCUCACACUCCACCAAUAAGCAUCCCAAACUCUACUAUCGCUGGUAUAAAUGAAGACACUACAAAAGACUUAUCUAUUGGAAAUCCCAUUCCAACAGUGGUGUCUGGGGCUAGAGGAAAUGCCGAAUCUGGUGACAGUGUGAAAAUGUAUGGCUCUGCUGCGCCACCUGCUGCACCCACGAAUCUGCCCACCCCUCCUGUAACCCAGCCUGUUUCACUUCUUGGCACUCAAGGAGUUGCACCUGGUCCUGUAAUUGGGCUCCAAGCACCAUCUACUGGGCUUCUUGGUGCCCGACCCGGCCUGAUCCCACUCCAGCGCCCUCCAGGAAUGCCUCCCCCGCAUCUGCAGCGAUUUCCUUUGAUGCCGCCCCGGCCUAUGCCACCGCAUAUGAUGCAUAGAGGUCCACCACCGGGCCCGGGGGGCUUUGGAAUGCCUCCACCUCAUGGAAUGAAAGGCCCUUUCCCACCUCACGGCCCCUUUGUCAGGCCUGGGGGAAUGCCAGGGCUUGGGGGCCCAGGGCCAGGCCCGGGGGGUCCUGAAGACCGAGAUGGGAGGCAGCAGCAGCCACAGCAGCAGCAGCCACCGCCGCCACAGCCACCACCGCAGCAGCCGCCACCAUCACAACAGCCACCGCCAACACAGCAGCAACCACAGCAGUUCAGAAAUGAUACUAGGCAGCAGUUCAAUCCAGGUAGAGACCAAGAAAGGUUUGGAAGAAGAUCUUUUGGAAAUAGGGUGGAAAAUGAUCGGGAACGGUAUGGGAACCGUAAUGAUGAUAGAGAUAAUAGUAACCGUGAAAGGAGAGAGUGGGGAAGGAGGAGCCCUGACCGGGACAGGCACAGAGACUUGGAAGAGAGAAAUAGACGCUCUAGUGGGCAUCGAGACAGAGAGAGAGAUUCUAGAGAUAGAGAGUCUCGUAGAGAGAAGGAAGAAACCCGAGGAAAGGAAAAGCUGGAGGUGACAGACAGGGCAGGUGGUAACAAAGCCGCUGAACCUCCCAUUAGCCAAGUGGGAAAUGUAGACACUGUUUCAGAACUUGGUAAGGGGGAGUCUGAGUCCACAGUUGUAAAACCAUCUGAAGAGUUACCUGCUGAGACUACCUCAUCUGAUGAACCUGAAAAGGAUCCUGGCUCAGCAGCAGAGGCUCCUCGUUAGAGACUGGAAUUUGUCAAAAUGUGACAGUGACACUUCCUGGAGUGUAGAGCUUGAGGUGUACAGAUGCUGUAUUAUAUUUGCUCCUGCUAUACCACAGCCCCGCAGUAGUGGGUGGGGAGUUGUAAGCAAUUUGAUUGCUUCCCUUCUAUUUAAAAAUAGCCACAAAAUAACAAAAAAUACUGAAAAUAUGAAUAAAUAUUACCCUUUUUGCUGUAACUUUUUAAAAGUUUUGACUUUAAAAAGUUUACAAAUCAAAAUUAGAAGUAUUUUUUUUUUCUUUUUUUUUUUAAUUUAAGACAAGGUAACGGUGAAGAGCUCCUCAAAACAAUAGGGAUGUUUUUAAUAAACUCUAUUUUCGUAACAAACUUUAAUGUGUGCUAUUCUUCCUACACUGCAUUAAGGUGGAAAAGGAUUGUUUAAUAUAACGUUUGAACUGUUACUGCUGUUAUAACUGGACUGAUGGAAAUAGACAUCCAUUUUGUAGUUAUUCUGAAACACUUCCAUUUGUAAUACUUUUGAUUUUUAGCAUUUCAGUCAAACUAAAGUUCAGUGGUUUUAAUGUUAAUUGAAAAGCUCAUUGUUAGUGUUUGCUAUUCAAUCAAGGACACCCCCCUACCCCACCCCCCUUUUGCUGGGAGAAAAAAAUGGAUUUCAAUGUUAUACUGUCCUAAGUUAUCUGAUUUGUCUGGGUAUUAACUAUUUAGGAGGUUGGGUGUCUUUUUUACCAUCCUAUUAAAUUUUUCAAAAGGGUAAAAGAAAUCAAGGUUAACAUUUGCAAUCUAAAAGCCCUUUUUAUAUGUUUAAGGACUUAAAUGCACUCUUGUUUGCUGUAAUCUUAGCUUGUUGCCUUUACCUUUCUUUUUCUUAACUCCCCUGCUGGGCAGAGGUAUACUGAACUUUUUGCCACAUUUUUCUUUUACUUGAAAUUGUUGAGUUCACUAGGAAAAAUAGUUGUAGGUAAACCAAGGAUUAUUACAGAAAGACAUCCAAAGCCAAAUCAAACCUGUUAUCUUAGUACAGAAAAAGUUACAUAAAAUUGCUUACUCAGUGCUAAGGAAAAGACUUGUUACAGUCCAAAUGUUUCUAGUCCUAUGAAAGCUUUUUUCCUUCUUAAAUGAGGUUUUCUCUUAACUGUCCUAGUUUCCCUAUGUCAGGCAGUUAAUUUUUUUCUUCGCCUUCAUCUCCAGGUGCAGCUGCUUUAUUCCUCUGGUUUUUAAAUAGUACUUUGUAGCAAGAUCUUUGUUUUGACAGGGAGACUAUCAGGAAAAUGUGCUUGUGUUCCUGCUUAGGAAAAUAAAAGAGAAAUCCCAUUUCUUAUCAUC